AGGAGAUUGUGCAGAGAAACAAGCAUAUCCGGUGCAUCCUUCUUCAAACCAGUGUCAGGACCAAAGAUGUUCCAACUUGGGAGCCUUGUUGUCUUGUGCAGCCUGCUCACUGGGACUUCAGCAUCACUUUUAGGUAAUAUUGGCAGUGCCCUGAAUAAUUUGGACUUUCUGAAUUCUCCAAGUUGCAAUGUCCUUCAGAAUCUGAACCUAGAUGUGGGGUUGCUUCAGGAAACCAUGGAUUGGUCGUUAGUCAAGAACAACAUUCUAGAAGCAUUGAACACACUGGACCCUGACAGAUUAAACCUCCUUUCAUCUCAGAAUGGUUUAGGAGGAUGUAGUGAGGACAAGAGGGUGAUGAGGAGAGGUGCAAAUGCUUCAAGGAUGAAUGACAAGAGGGAACUUAUGGAUUUUGGCAGAUUGCGAAUCAACAAACUCAGCCUCCUGAACCUGCAAGCUGGCCUGUCUUCCAAUGGCAAUGGCAUCGACCUGAAGCUGCCGUUAAUUUUUGAGAUAGAGCCUCUCACUGGCUUCAUGUUCCAUGUUGCUAUUUCCUUCGACCUUUUAACUCCACUCACUAUUGAAACAAAUGCCCAGACCGGCCUUCCCACGCUGUCCGUAGGGAAAUGCUCAAGUGAUGCAGACAGUUUCAUGACUUCCUUGGUGGGCAGACGAAGCACCUUGGUCAACAGAAUUCUGGAUAGUGUAUCUGGUCUCCUUACAAAUACUGUAACAAGCCUGCUGCAAAACCAAAUAUGUCCUCUGCUCCAGUUCCUCCUCAGCAACCUGAACGUCAAUCUUACUCAAGACCUCCUUUCUAAUUUACUGACAGGACAGUUACCAGUCUCCAUCUGAAGAGGAGGGAGCAGAAGGAGAAAUGCUGUGACACCCGGAUGGU